CCACACGGCAACACUGCCCAUCAGUUUGGAAUACUUUUAAAACGGUAAAACCUUUGAGUUGAGUCGUGUCCGUCUGCGCUGAAGCAAAUAAUUUUCAUUUUAUGUCUGGCAGUAGUAAUGAAAGAGUGAAUUUCUGUUUUCAGUGAAAUAUUAUUAUUUCAAAUUUCAUUUUAUCAAUAAAAUAAAAUUGUUUUCAGUUGAAUAUUAUUAAGAAUAUUAAGGAGGUAUGCUUCUUUUUAUUACCGCCGUGUACAAAAGAUUAUCUUCGGUAGUGCGAAUAAAAGGAUCAUCAAAUUCAAUAACGUACUCUGAGUUAGUCAAAUCUGUGAAAGAUCAAUUCGACAUCGUUGGAAAUAUAAAAUUUUACGAUUCAAAAGCUUCCGCUUAUAUCGCUGACGAAGACGUCGUUGAUUACAUAAUGCAGUUUAAAUCUUCUCCAGGCUGGACAUUAGGAGUGCUGGACCAUAACGUUGAUGAAAUACCAGUUAAUGUUUGCGACGACAACUGCGAAGCUUUUAAAUUUAUCCAAGAGUAUAACGAACCAUUCGAUGAAGUUCUUGAAAAUUGGAAAAGAAGUUUUGCAGUAAGAUGGAACAUUUUGGAGGACAAUAAAGUUGAAACUGCUGAUUACCUCGCUAAAUUUCCAAUUUUUAUACUCAACAACAGUAAUAUUUUCAAAUUAUUUUUAGAAGACUCAAAAAUGUUGCACCCGGACAUUGCCUUAAAUAUAGAUUGGCAAAUCUGUAAUAAGGUUUUAGAAAAUGGAAGCCAUUUGAAGGAUCCUACCGUUAAAAAGUGGAUUACUGCAAGCCUAAACUGUUCCGAAGAAAAUAGAAAAGCUAUUGGGCUUCUAGUACUACCGUACUUAUUUCCCUCAACAAAAAUAAAGGCCAGGCAAGGAAAACAAAGUUUUAAGGCGUCAAAACUUGAAAUUCAAGAAAAAUUUAUUCUAUAUUUUCGAACAAACGAAAAAGUCGAUUGGGCAAUUUUUUCGUUUGCCGCAAUCGAUUCGUUCUCUCAGUGUACAACCAGUGAUGCCAAGGGUAUUCUCGAUUUAACACAUAAAGGAAUAAAGAUGCCUAAGUGA